CGCGGCAAACUUUGAAGGCGUCGGAAAAUCACUCCGUUUUAUAUCAGAAUGACGGCGAGUUCAGGGUGGUAUUUGCACGGGAAUGAGGGGUCUGGUUAGUAUUUGCUUUGAUAUUUCUGCAUCUUGAUAUCACUUCUCAAGCCUGACUUUGGUUCGGUGUUUUUUCUCCUCUCCCGUGGCUCUAUUUCCCGUGAACAAACAACAUUCGUGAUAUCUGUUUAUAGUUCCCCCUUGUGUAUACUACAUUGGAAAUCAGCAUACAAUUCCUCUCCUCCUUUCUUUUUCUCUCCCGCACCUUUAUACAGUCCGACUCAACGACCAUGGGCAGCAUCGCUCCUGUCGAGGGCAAGCCCACAUUCAAGACACCAUGGGUUGAGACCCCCCUGGCAGAAUCGGCCUCGCUCUCGCGUAUGGCCGGCUGCCGGGUCUUCCUGAAGCUGGAGAACGUCCAGCCCAGCGGCUCGUUCAAGUCCCGAGCAAUGGGCAACCAGAUCCUCUCCCACCUCAUCAAGCCGGAGAACGCCAACCGGCCGGUGCACUUCUACGCCUCGUCGGGUGGCAACGCGGGCCUGGCAGCCGUCUGCGCCGCUCGAAGCCUCGGAUACCCCUGCACGGUCGUUGUACCGAUGUCGACGAAGCCACUGAUGGUGCAGAAGCUGCGCACAGCCGGCGCUGCCGAAGUAAUCCAGCACGGCGUGACGUUCCUGGAAGCCGGCGAGUACAUGCGAGAGGUCAUCAUGAAGCAGACCGGAGACGGCGAGGCCGCCAACGUGGCCAAGAUCGCCCUCCACCCAUUCGACAACGAGCCCAUCUGGGAAGGCAACAGCACCAUCAUCGACGAGCUGGUGCACCAACUGCCCCCACCGGCGGGAGCUGAUGAAGAAACCCUCUACAACGCGCGGCCCCUCGCCGCAGACGCCCUCAUCUGCAGCGUCGGCGGCGGCGGCCUCCUCAACGGCCUCAUCGCAGGCAUCGAACGCCACCGUAACCUGCAAAACAAAGCCCCCUCCCCGCAUCCUACCCACCUCCUCGCCGUCGAAACCAUCGGCACCGACUCCCUAGCCGCCGCCGUCGCUCAAAAAUCCCUCGUCUCCCUCCCCAAGAUCAGCUCCCAGGCUACCUCGCUCGGCGCCAUCCGCGUCUCAGAGCGCACCUUCCAAUACGCCACGGCCCCACCCGCCGGCAUCGCUGUCCACAGCACCGUCCUGUCAGAUGCGGACGCCGCCCGCGGCGUGCUCCGUCUCGCCGACGACGAGCGUCUCCUCGUUGAGCUGGCCUGCGGCGUCUGCGUGGAAGCAGCCGUCGGAGACGCCGCCCGCGCCCAACAACCACCCAGCCGAAAGCGCAAGAGGAUCACCACCGCGGAGCCGCAGCAGCAGCCGCAUCCCUCUGUGCGCGACGAGGGCUACGGCGACGACCGGUCCUCAGUGACGGAGAACGAAACCGAUCCCGAAGACGGCAGCGACGACCGUUCCCCUCUUUCUGCUUCUCCCUCGCAUCCCCUGCAAUCGCGGCUGAAGCAGCUGGUCCCUGAUCUGAACGCCAACAGCCGGGUGGUGAUUAUCGUCUGUGGAGGAAGCAAUGUUACGAUUGAUAUGGCGGCUGAGUACCGUCGGUUGUUGCAAGAGGGGUGGGGGGCUUGACUUAUUCGAUACCUAUACCUAUACCAUACCUAUGCCUAUAUAGCUUUGGUUGGUUGUUCUCAUUUCUUGUUGUUUGCUUUUAGCUGGUUGUUUUCGCGCGCUUUGUUUGGUCAUUCUUGGUGUUCUUGCAUUGGCUGGCGAGUUUUAUUGUGGCUUUUUGUUUUUGCUUGUUGCCCUGUAUAUAGAAAAGCUCGUGGACUGGGCUGGGUAAU